CACUGGAGCUCCUCUAUCCGGUUUGUCACUGACUCAGUAGUAUCACAGCAGUCGUCCAAACGGUUGCUUGAUCACAGAUACACACACACUCACACAAUCAAAACAAAACACACACGCACAGCAAGAGACAGAGGACAUAACACAGAGUCACAGGAGAAGAAGCAGAAGAGAAAUCCUUUGGUUUGCUCCCCCACUCUCAGUUUCUUGGCUGUUGUGCAUCCCUGAUAUGACCCUCUUCAGUCCAAGAUACAUGACUAUGAGUAGAGAGCUGAAGUCAACCCGCUCCAGGGCAGCCAGUAAGAGGGCCAGCAACACCACUUACGGAUCCGAGCUUGACCUGGACUACGACAGCUAUCAGGAGGACUACUAUGACAGGGCAUAUGACUACCAGCGAGUGCCAGCAUCCAUCUCUCCUCCACCUCUGGGACAAAGUCCAGCCAAGAGAUCCCGUUUGUCCGCCUACUCUAGUGGGCACCGACGCAGUCGAGACAGAACCUACUCUAAAAGAUCCAGAGCCCAGUCCACUUCAAGCACAGCCAAGUUGGGUUUGGAGGAGUUGCAGGUGAUUAAAAAGGAGCUGACUCUGAUAAAGACACAGAUCGAUGGGCUGCUUGACACUCUUGACAGGAUGGACACACAGAGGAAUGACGACAAAGACUCUCCCCUGAGAGAGGACAGUCCACUCGGCUCAUCGUAUGCUUUGUUGGCCAGCAGUCCUGAGCAUUCCCUCCCAUCCCUCUCUCCGCCCACUUCCCGCCAUCGGAUCCACCGGGAGAGUCCUGACCUGAAGAUGAGCAGUCACAGCUCUGACCCCGAGGAGGAAAUAUGAAGGAGGAACAUGAGACGAUGUGGGAGACGUGGAUCAAGUGCCAAACAUGGAGGAAGAGAACACAAACCCGCAGAGGCUCAACACGUGCCGCAUAUCAAACGAAACAAUGAGUUUUAUUGUAUCCUAGCAGCUUUAUUGUGAGAAUUUAGAUCGGAUACAUCCUCUUUUAGGUUUCUGAAGAGAAAACUUAGGAGUUCAUAUCUGUACGAUAGAUUAAAGCAGGAGGUAUGUUAUGAAUUUUACUCUAAGAAUGGAUCCGCUUGAGCAGCAAUGGCCCAAAAUGUUGCAGGAUUAUGGAAAUCAGGUCUGAUUUAAUCAGAAACACAGUCAGCUUACCUGUUUAUCAAGUUUCUGUCAGAUAACAAACAAACAUAUUCCAGCACUGAACCGUAAACACGCCGCUUCAAAUGUUUCUUCCAAAGAAUCAACAAACGGAGUUUAGAAAAGCAUUUGAUUUGGAAUAUUAAUGCUGGGCGUUGCACCGACAAGGUCAGCUGUGAUGAACUCACAUUCCUCGGUUUAUUUUCUGUUAUCACAUGCGCUCAACACUCGUGUGUGUGUGUGUGUGUGUGUGUGUGUGUGUGUGUGUGUGUGUGUGUGUGUGUGUGUGUGUGUGUGUGUGUGUGUGUGUGUGUGUGUGUGUGUGUGUGUGUGUGUGUGUGUGUGUGUGUUACCAUCUUGCCUGCUUAUAUAAAUCAGGAUAUCAGAGGAAAUUAGAUAAAUAAUAAAAGGUCUUUUGUAAACAUCUUUAAAUUCUUCCCACUAAUAUUACAUUUUUCACAUUCCGUCUUUUAAUCGAUCCUACACUGAGAUAGUAAUUAUUACCAUUAUGAAUUCUGCUUUAUAUACUGAACAAUGCAUAAAAAAUUGGCCUUUUAUGAAUCCUGAUAAAAGUAACUUGAUGGAAAACUCUAAAGCACCAUCAUGAAGACUUAUUUUUUUCCUGAAUGGGCAGAUUCUAAUCUUGAAUCAGAAAAGGGUAGAAUGCCUUCUCUAGGUCAGGGAGGAGGUCCCGCUUAAAGUGGAGAAGUUUAAGUAUCUUGGGUUCUUGUUCACAAGUGACGGAACGAUGGAGCACAAGCUCGAUAGGCGGAUUGGUGCUGUGUCUGCAGUGAUGUGGGCGUUGUACCAGUCUGUGUAGAGAGAGCUGAGCCGGAAGGCAAAGCUCUCAAUUUACUGGUCGAUCUACGUUCCCUCACCUAUACUCACGAGCUUUAUGUAGUGACCAAAAGAAUGAGAUCAUGGAUACAAGCGGCAGAAAUUAGUUUGGUCUGCAGGAUGUGUGGGCUCUCCCUCGGAGAUAGGAUGAGAAGCUCGGUCAUCCGGGAGAGGCUAGGAGUAGACUUGCUGCUCCUCCACAUCAAGAGAAGCCAGUUGAGGUGGCUCAAGCAUCUGGUUAAGAUGCCUCCCUGGUGAGGUUUUCUGGGCACGUCCAACCGAGAGGAGACCUAGGGAAGACCCAGGACACGCUGGAGGGACUAUGUCUCUCAGCUUGCCAGGAAACACCUUGGGACUCCCCCGGAAGAGCUGGCUCAAGUGGCUGGAUGGAGGGAAGUCUGGGCCUCUCAGCUUAUGGAUGAAUGGCAGAAUCUAAAGUGCAUUUGCUGUUCAGAGCUGUUUAUUAAUAACUAACUAGAGUUGUGUACGUACAUGAAUUUAGAAUCUACUUUGUCUAUGUCAAAGUAAUUUAACAAACCCCAAGUGAGUUUUUUUUAAUCAAUUAAAAACAUUUAUGGUUUGUUUGCUUCUAAGAGUUCAAACUUUAUCUUGUUUGUCAUUCAAGAAGGAACAUGUUCACUUUUCCACUCUCAGUAAAUAAAACCAGAUAAAUUACUCCAUUUCUGAAGAGUCCCAUAUGCUAGAAAAAACAUUACAGCUCUCUUCCUCUACAUAUUUGGCACCUUCAAAUGUGCAAAGAGCCCAGGUCAAUGUGUAAUAUUGUUUAUUAUUGUAUAAUUUUACUGUAAUUGUUAUCUCUCUGAAUAUAAUUUUCCUUUAGGACUUCUCAUGUGUUGAUUUUUUUUAAAAGAAAAUAACCCUGUUAUAAAUAAUUGUAUAAUUCUGAUGUUACAUGUUUUGGUUUGCACUGUUACGACAAGCCAAGUGAAAAUGCUCAUUGUCACGGUAGUAAAAGUAUUUUUCAUAUCCAGAAUAAAAUAAA